UGCAAGUAAACAGGCGUAUUUCUUGAAUAUAAAAUGAUGGGCUAGUUGUUAUCGUUAUACUACUUCGAACGAACAGUAAUAGCUAAACUCAUCAAAAUGAAGACCUGCUUCGUGAUUUUCUGUUUUGCCUUGAUUGCAAUUGCCAGUGCUGCUCCUUCAGGGAAAGACAACGGACAAGAGGAACAAAUGACCCAAGAACAAGUAGCUGAGAUUCUGAAGUAUGUGAUUCCACCAUGGGUAACCUGCGUCAACCUGAACUGCAGGCUUGGGUGCAUUGAAAGCGGCGCUGUUUCUGGAUACUGCGCAGCUGGAUCUUGCCAAUGCGUUAUUCCCUCACCAACUGCUUAAUUAUUUCGAACACCGAAGCACUUCGACUUAUAUUCGGUGCUUCUAAUAAAGACGUUUAAUAAUUAAAUGUUGUAUUUUGAUUCUCGUAUAUUGCGACUAUCACCAUAUGGGUAACCCUUAUUUGGGCGAAGAAGUAUUAUAGUCGUGCAAAAUUCCAAAAAUUCUCCUCAUCUUGGAGAGUACCCCUCGGGUUCACACAAGGAUACUACUAUGUCAAAGCGAAACAGCUUUGUAGUUCUGGAAAAUCUAUCUAGUGGCAGCUGAAACGGAAAAAUUAUAAAUUGCUAACACCUCGUUUGUUGGUGUUUCAACUGUUCCUGGUCAUCUUCAGAUAAAAUUUUGCAUGAGCUGUAAAUUUGGAGCUAGAGGUUGUAAAUGUUGGAUGCUUUGUAUCAGUGAAAGACGCUGUAUUAUUAAGAAGCCCCUGAUCUCGGUAAUACUGUGCACCUGUCAGAUAAACUGAAUCGCUGAUAAGUUCCAGUCAGGUCAAUUGAUUACUAUAUUCAUGGCAGGCCACUAGCGUGCAGCGUAUGUUUUACCACGAGUUGGUGUUAAGAAUCUUAGACAUAUUGCUAUUGCUUUAUUGUAUAAAUGCAAAAGUCUUUGUGUCAACUAGGUCGAUUCCAUAUCAUACAUGCAAUCGCUUUCAUCAAUUUCUUUAGAAGCAUAGUUAAUAUAUCGUUAGGUCUGAAAAUUAACCGAACAUAAUAUAAUUAUUAAUGAUAGAAUUGACGCUAUGUUUCACUUGCAUUUCUGAGAAAAGUCGGAAGAAUAGCUCCGUUAGUACUUGUAUGAUGUUUACUAAAUUUUGCUCUAAUGAAUGCGUUAUUCUUUACAUCUUUUGAGAAGAAUUGACACUACUUGAAAGACAGCAGGCCAGAUUCGUGAACUCCUCGUAUCGUCGAGAAUUAUCCUGCUGUGUGGUAUCAGAUAUGCGUUGAUUUGGCUCCAGGGUAAAUCUGACAUCACAUCUGUCACUCAGGCGGUCAACGAUUGGAUGUCUGAGCCAAUCUGCGAAAAAUUCAAGUCAGAAAGGCCUGGGGGUCUCCUGUCUUUGAACAUCAUUAGCUUCGUCGCCCGUAACUAUUUCCAUCCCAUGUUGCCUGCAUUUCGCUGGCAAAGGAAGUAUCUUUAGUAGAAUGAGGGUAUGCCUUCAGGUUUGCAAUGUAACUGGACCUUAAGUCAAGCUUUGAUUAAUGGAAUUAGAUCCAGUAGAUUGUAUGCACGUGUACAUAGGCUCAGGCCUUUUGAGCUUCUGCAUCUCUUCUGCUCAUGCUGGCGCUCUGAGAGGACGUUGACGUUAUAAAAUAAAAUUUCCAUUUAUAAAUAUCUGACACUUCAAAAAGAUGGAUGACAAGCUCGUAGUUCGACAUGCCAAAGGCAAUAAGGAUUUAUUCGUAGCCUUGAAAGUAUCUACCAGGAUAUUGUUCUUGUUCUGACUCUAUAAUACAGCUUUUUGACUUUGUUAGAAUGAAAAGUCUUGUUUCAUUUGAAACGUUCUAAGUUAAACUGUUUUGGCAUGGAUUUGUAAAUUGAAUAAUGCCAAUUGUAUAAUUGUGCUCCUUCCAGUUGUAUGAAAAUGGAUCGUGGUACCGUUUCUCUUUGUUAGCUAGCUCCUCCGUAUCUGUUUACUGUAGAAGCAAAAAUAUAUGUAUACAUUGUGAUAAAAUAUGCCUUGAGACUGUCAUACACUAUCUCUAUUCAAUAAAUAUAUCUCACUGUUGA